UGGAAAACAAAACAGAAAGAAAACGAAAAUGUCUUUGUUUUCAUUGAGAAGAAGAAACCGAAAAACUCUAAAAGUUGAGCAAAUAGGGACAGUUUAUUUUUCCUUUUCAGGUCAUGAGGUCAGUUAAUGAUUAGUGAGGCCCAAGCAAGAGCUUCGCGUUCAGACUCAGGAGAGCGGGCUGGAGGCUCUCUCUAGUGCUGGAGGCCAGUGGCUGCCUGAAACUCCAGCCUCCAAGAUGUCCCCAGGCCGCUGGGGAAGACGGCUGGGCUGGUGGGGAGUCCUCUUGUGGCUCAGCAUCGGAAGAUCAGGAUCUGCUCCUCCUACCCCACAGCCAAAGUGCGCUGACUUCCAGAAUGCCAGCCUGCUCCGAGGCACCAACCUCAAAGUCCAGUUUCUCCUCUUCACUUCUGCGAACCCUAGCUGUGGGAAGCUCUUGACAGAAAACAGUGACCUCCAAAAUUCUGGGUUCAAUGUCACGCUGGGCACCAAACUAAUUAUCCACGGAUUCAGGGCUUUGGGAACAAAGCCUUCCUGGAUUGAUCAAGUCAUUGGUGCCCUUCUGCGGGCAGCUGAUGUGAAUGUGAUUGCUGUGGACUGGGUUUAUGGCUCAACGGCGGCCUACUUCUCAGCUGUAGACAACGUGAUUAAGCUGGGGCUGGACAUCUCCAGUUUCCUCAAGAAACUCCUGAUGCUGGGUGUGUCUGAAUCUUCAGUCCACAUCAUCGGUGUUAGCCUGGGGGCACAUGUUGGAGGCAUGGUGGGAAACUUCUACCAAGGCCGGUUGGGACGGAUCACAGGCCUGGACCCCGCGGGGCCUGAGUACACCAGAGCCAGCCCAGAGGAGCGCCUGGACCCGGGAGACGCCCUGUUUGUGGAGGCCAUCCACACGGACACGGACAAUUUGGGCAUUCGAAUUCCUGUCGGACACGUGGAUUACUUUGUCAAUGGUGGCCAAGAUCAACCCGGCUGUCCCGCCUUCAUUUAUGCAGGCUACAGUUAUCUGAUCUGUGAUCACAUGAGGGCUGUGCACCUCUACAUCAGUGCCCUGGAGAACUCCUGCCCACUGACAGCCUUCCCCUGUGCUAGCUACAAGAGCUUCCUGGCUGGAGAGUGUGUGGAUUGUUCUAACCCUUUUCUGCUUUCCUGUCCAAGAAUUGGAUUGUUGGAACAAGGGGGUAUUAAGAUAAAGCCGCCUCCCAAGGAAGUGAGAGUCUACCUCUUGACGACUUCUCAGGCUCCAUACUGUGUGCAUCAUAGUCUGGUGGAGUUUCUCCUGCAGGAACCGAGAAACAAGGAAACUAACAUCGAAGUCACCUUCCUUAGCAGCAAUGUCACCACUUCAACCAAGAUCACUGUCACUAUACCUAAAGAGAGAGUCCAUGGGAAAGGAGUCAUAGCUCACAUCAGCCCUCCAUGUCAGAUAAACCAAGUGAAACUCAAGUUUCGAUCUUCCACCCGGGUUUGGAGAAAAGACAGGAGCAGCGUUGUUGGGACCUUCUGCAUUGCCUCACUGCCUGUCAGCAACAAUGACCAUAUGGUUUGCUUACCCGAGCCAGUGACCUUACAGGCGGGUGUGGCUACUCUUCACGACAUGAACAUAAGCUGUUUAGUAUAAGCCUGAGCAGGGCACGUAUCACUCAAUUUUGAAGAAAUGUUCAUAUUAUUUUCCCAAAAGACUGGACCAGUUGACAUUGCUAUCAGCAGUGGAUAAAGUUUCCUUUCCCCCCACUUCCCUGCCAGCACUGAUUGUUUUCAAUCUUUGUGAUGCAUGUCAAUCUCAUUGGUGUAAGUGAUAUUUCAUUGUUGAUUUUGAUUUGCAUUUCUCUGAUGAUGAGUGCUGCAGAGCUUUUUUCAUAUGUCUUUUGGCCAUCUGUAUUUCUUUUGAGGAAGUUUCUGUUUAUGACUUCCCCCAUUUUUUGAUGGGGUUGGUUCUCUUAUUAUUAAGUUAGUUCUACCAGUGCUUUAUAUAUUUUGGAUAUUGAUCUUUUCUUAGAUGAAUGGUGGGUAACUACUUUCUGCAAGUCUCUAGGUGUCUUUUUCAUUCUGGUCAUUUCUUUUACAGUGCAGAAGCUUCUUAGUUUGAUGUAGUUAAAUUUGUUUAUCUUUGCUUCCAUUUGCAUUGAAUCAUUGAAGAUGCAUCUAGAUUAAAUGUUAUGAAGAGUUAUGCCAAUGUUUUCCUCAAUAUAAAUUAUGGAUUAUAAUUUUAUAUCAA